AUGAUAGGUGAUUUUAAUGCUUAUCUUCAGUCGCAUGAAAAGAAGGGACCAGGUAAUUUUAGUUUGGGCUCUGCUACGGAAUUUAAUGCUAUGAUAGACUCUUGUUCCAUGGCUCAGCUGCCUUCAAGUGGAAGAAAAUUUACCUGGAGUAAUAAUCGGAAAGCUGGUAAUGUUUCGGCUGUGCUCGAUAGAAGCUUCUGCAAUGAGAAGUGGUUAACUAUUUUUCAAGAUUCCUCGCAACUAGUGCUGCCGAGAAUUGCUUCUGAUCAUGGGCCGCUUUUGAUGGUCUCUGAUGCCAGCCAACGCCCCUCAAAUUGCCCUUUUCGCUUUCACCAAUUUUGGAUGGAACAUGAAGACUUCGUCAGAAUUGUGGCUUUGUCUUGGUCAGAAUGGGUCCCUGGUCCGCCUAUCCUUGUUCUCACUUCUAAAUUGAAGCGGCUGAAGAGGGACUUAAAAUCCUGGGCGAGAUCUGCUUUUCCCAAUUUUGAUAAAGACCUAGAGCAUGCGAAGAAGACUCUGAACCAGAUUCAUGACCAGAUUGCAAGUGAAGGGAUGAAUGAUCAUCUAUUUGCUAUGGAAGCUGAUGCGAAGACGGGAUUGAUGGACUGCUAUAAGAUGGACUCUCUUCCUGGGAAUGAGGAAAUAAGGAGGGUAGUUUGGGAGCUCGACCCGGAUAGCUCACCAGGCCCAGAUGGUUUCUCUGGUGCAUUCUUUCGCAAAUGCUGGGAUAUGGUGGAAGUGGAGGUUUGCAAUGCUGUGAAACAGUUUUUCAGCACUGGGUCCAUGCCAAAUGGGAUAAAUAAUAAUUUUCUGGUGUUGAUUCCAAAGGUGGAUGGUGCAAAUACUCUUGAGAAAUUUCGGCCCCUGUGUAUGGGUAACGUUUUCUGCAAAAUCAUAUCCAAAGUAAUGGCGAUGCGCCUUGAGACUCUCCUCCCUCGUUUGAUCUCAGAAGAGCAGAGUGCCUUUCAGAAGGGGAAGAUGAUCCAUGACAAUAUAGCUGUGGCCUCUGAGCUUGCAAAUUUAAUGUUCUCUGCAACUAGAGGUGGGGGCCUUGGUCUUAAAAUUGAUAUAAGGAAAGCUUAUGACACUAUUUCCUGGUCUUUUAUUUUUCAGGUGUUGAGUAAAUUUGGCUUCUCCAAUAAAUGGAUUAAUUGGCUACACCAACUCCUGCUGUCGACCAAAAUUUCUAUUCUGGUGAACGGAGGUCCUCAAGGCUUCUUCGGGGUGGAGCGUGGUCUAAGACAAGGUGAUCCUAUAUCCCCCAUGUUGUUUAUCAUAGCAGAAGAAGUUCUGUCUAGAGGGUUGUCAAACCUGGUUCAGAGCAAGAGUCUCAAAACAAUCAGUGGACCAAGAGGAGUUACUACUCCUGGACACAUUUUAUUCGCAGAUGAUAUAUUCAUCUUCACCAACACCUCAUUGAGAUAUGUAAAUGCUCUGAAAUCUUUUUUGAUGAAGUAUCAGGACUUUUCAGGUCAGUGCAUCAAUUUUGAGAAAAGUAAGCUUUUCCUAGGAAAGAUAGCUCCUGCUCACAAGCAGACAAUUGCUGAUACCCUUGGAAUUCAGAUAUGCACUUUCCCAACUCGCUAUUUAGGAGUUGAAAUAUUUAAGGGUAGAGUCAAGAAAGAGGCUCUGCUUCCAGUGAUGGACAAGGUGAAAGGACGUCUUGCGGGUUGGAAAGGAAAGCUUUUGUCUUUGGCGGGCAGAACGGAGUUGGUCAGAUCAGUCAUUGCUGGUAUCCCUAACCACAGUUUUGCUAUUUAUUGGUGGCCUUUUUCCCUUUUAUCUAUAAUGGAACGAUGGAUGAGAAACUUCAUUUGGACGGGGGACACUGAAACGGCCAGAAAAAUUACUGUUAAAUGGGAUUCCCUUUGCAUGCCUAAAGAGGAAGGCGGUUUAGGUAUCAGGAGACUCCGAGAUACCAAUAAAGCUAUGUUGUGCAAGCUUGCGUGGAGGAUCAAGCAUGAGAGGACAGCCUCCAGCUCCUUCCUUAAAGCCCGCUUUGUUAAAAAAGAUGGUAAGCUCAAGAAAGGAGUUUCUUCCUCUAUUGCCUUGGGGGUGAAAAAAGUGUGGAGGUUUGUGGAAGAUAAUGAGAGAUGGAUUAUCGGUAAUGGUAAUCUUACAAAUUUCUGGAAAGAUAAAUGGUGGGGACCUAAAUCAGUUCUGGAGGAGUUAGAGAGUUUCGACUUGACAACUCUUACAUUUACAGCUAAGGUGAGAGAAUUUAUUUGUGGUGGGGAAUGGGCACUCCCUGAGGUGAGAUCGGCGGAGUUGAGAAGAAUUUUUGAAAAAAUUAAGCAAAUUAAAAUUCCUUCAGGCGAAUUAGAUGAUACAUGCUGCUGGUCCUUGUCGACCUUGGGAAAUUUUUCUACAGCCUCAGGUUGGGAGUGUAUCAGAAGGAAGGCUAACAAGACUCCAUGGAGCACUCUGGUUUGGAGGAAAGGUCUGCCGCCUAGGUUCUCCACUCUAGGCUGGCGCCUUGCACAUGGUAGACUACCAACAGACGAACAGAUUAGACAUAAGGGGAUUUACCUUGCUUCAAGGUGUGCCCUCUGCAACCAAGGCGAGGACAGUAUUGAUCAUAUUUUCCUCAGAUGCUCCUUCGGGACUUCUGUCUGGAAAUCUUUUACUGACUGCUUUGAUGUGAGAUGGAAAAUGCAUCAGUCGAUUAAUAAUCUGAUUAGUUGGUGGAAAACGAAGGGAAGAGUAGUAAAUCUCAAAACACCUUGGAUGAUGGGUUUUUCUAUUAUAGCAGCAAAUAUUUGGUGGGAAAGAAACAGAAGGCGUCACGAUAACAGUGCCAGGAAUGAUAAGCAAAUAUUUGAUUUUAGUCGGCAAGAGAUCUGUCUUUGCAUAGGGAAGGUGAAGGGAGAGGUGAAAUCUCCGACUGAUGUUAUGUGUUGUAGGAGAUUGGGUUUAUCUGUAGCUCCGUCCAGGUAUCUCCCUCCUCUGGAAGUCCCCUGGUGUAAGCCUCACCCAAAUUGGCUCAAGCUUAAUGUCGAUGGUAGUGCUCUGGGAAACCCGGGAAGAGCAGGGGCUGGAGGGGUAGCUCGCGACCAUGAUGGCCAGGUUCAGGAUGCUUUUAGUAUUUUUCUGGGCAUUAAACAGAUUUAUGAAGCUGAGUUUGAGGCUGUUAUGGAGGGCUUUUUGAUGGCAAAGGCGCUGGAUGCAAAGGGUCUUUGUAUAGAGUCUGACUCGGUUGCGGUGGUCACUGCGAUUCAGAGUAACCAUAUUCCAUGGUUCACUCUCCAAAAAUGGUUGUCUCUUCUUCCAUUCUUGGAAUCGAUCCCAUGA